CCAAGCCCACUACGCGUCUCAGCAUGUUGAAACAUUUUUUUCUAGAGCCAGCUGAAAACUUGGAAUCUGGCUUGGUUGUCGACGACUAGAAGCCUACGGGGAGGAAGAAAGUGGGUAGGCUUUUCCAGACGGCAGUUGCUGGAUGAGAAACAUUUUAUUGUUGCUGUUAGAAUGUUUGCUGCCGUUCAUCUCAGGCAAUCCCCGUCAUGACCUCACUCACCCGCCCUGCCAAUCCACUGAAUGGGAUUUCUCAUCGCGCAGUUGUUUGCUCUCUGUGAUCAUUGUGAACACCGAUAUCGUUUAUUACUUUCGUCGAUGACAGAGUGAACGACCUUACGUCUCUGUUUACAUUCGCAAGCCCAACUAGGCUACACAUCUGUUUCACAAAGAAGCCGCUGACGUUUGACCGGGGCCACCAGUAUGGGGGGCACGAAGAGUAAGCCCAAAGCCCAGCCGAGCCUGGACGAGGCGGGGGGCUCCGCCGGGGGCAACGGGGGCGCUGCCCACCUCAGCCCGUCCCAGCAGACCCUCACGCCGCACCGCAGCCCCGCCGCCGCCGACGGCCAGCGCCACCCGGCCCAGCACAUGAGCAGCCACCCCGAGCUGGCGCUCUUCGGCGGGGUGGAGUCCACCACCAACAGCAUCACGUCCCCCCACCGGAGCACCCUGUUAGGUGGGGUGACCACGUUUGUGGCGCUGUACGACUACGAGUCCCGUACGGCCUCCGACCUGUCCUUCAGGAAGGGAGAGAGACUCCAGAUAGUCAACAACACGAGAAAGAUGAACUACAGGGAAGGUGAUUGGUGGCUGGCACGCUCGCUGGCAACAGGAGAAAGCGGCUACAUCCCCAGCAACUACGUCGCCCCAUCAGACUCCAUCCAGGCAGAAGAGUGGUACUUUGGGAAGAUCACUCGCCGAGACUCUGAGAGGCUGCUGCUCAACCUGGAGAACCGCAGAGGAACCUUUCUUGUGCGCGAGAGUGAAACCACCAAGGGUGCCUACUGUCUGUCUGUUCUAGAUUAUGAUAACACCAAAGGGCUGAAUGUGAAGCACUACAAGAUCAGGAAGCUGGACAGCGGUGGCUUCUACAUCACGUCCCGCACCCAGUUCAGUACACUACAGCAGCUGGUCAACCACUACCGCAAGCACGCAGACGGCCUGUGCCACUGCCUGACUGAGGUGUGUCCGGUGCUGAAGCCCCAGACUCAGGGUCUGGCCCGUGACGCCUGGGAGAUCCCACGCGAGUCCCUGCGCCUGGACCUCAAGCUGGGCCAGGGCUGCUUCGGGGAGGUGUGGAUGGGCACGUGGAACGGCACCACGCGGGUGGCCAUCAAGACGCUGAAGACGGGCACCAUGUCGCCGGAGGCGUUCCUGCAGGAGGCGCAGGUCAUGAAGAAGCUGCGGCACGAGAAGCUGGUGCAGCUCUACGCCGUCGUGUCUGAGGAGCCCAUCUACAUCGUCACCGAGUACAUGGGCCAAGGGAGCCUGCUGGACUUCCUCAAGGGAGACAUGGGCAAGAUACUGCGCCUCCCUCAGCUGGUGGACAUGGCCUCUCAGAUUGCAUCUGGCAUGGCGUAUGUGGAGCGAAUGAACUACGUGCACCGGGACCUGCGCGCCGCCAACAUCCUGGUGGGGGAUAACCUCGUGUGCAAGGUGGCCGACUUCGGCCUGGCUCGCCUCAUCGAGGACAACGAGUACACGGCCAGACAGGGGGCCAAGUUCCCCAUCAAGUGGACGGCUCCCGAGGCGGCCUUAUACGGACGCUUCACCAUCAAGUCAGACGUCUGGUCCUUCGGCGUGCUGUUGACCGAGCUGGCCACCAAGGGCCGGGUGCCAUACCCAGGCAUGGUGAACCGCGAGGUUCUGGACCAGGUGGAGCGAGGCUACCGCAUGCCGUGUCCGGCCGAGUGCCCCGAGUCCCUGCACGACCUCAUGCUGCAGUGCUGGCGCAAGGAGCCCGAGGAGCGGCCCACCUUCGAGUACCUGCAGGGCUUCCUGGAGGACUACUUCACCUCCACCGAGCCGCAGUACCAGCCCGGAGAGAACCUCUAGAACCUCCACCCGCCGUGUCGUGUUCUCUGCGUCCGCGUGUGGGCGGUGGUGCGUUUUGGCGUUCUGCAGGUUCUCCGAACCUCCACACCUGGAAAGCACGGACAUGAUGUGAUGGUUCUGGUCUUUGAGUUAGUCCUCCCUACUGUACGGGAGCUGUUGUGUUCUUCACAGGGGUGGUGGUGUUGGUGGUGGUGGUGGUGGGAAGGGGGGGUUAUGUUACCCGGGCUGCAGGUCAUGUGUGAUUGAUCAGAGCUCUGGAUCUUUUGUUCAGCCUCGCUCUGCUUUCUUAAGCCCCCCUUCCCUGCUCACACCCCCUCUGGCAGAUGCUCCAGAUCUGUCAGUCAGCCUCCACAGCACCCCCCCAGCACCCCCCCUUUUUGCCCUCUCUACACGUUUGUCUGCACCCCCAUACUCCACUGCCUACACAAAGACUGCUGACACGCGCGCAGACAGGGUUCAACGGGUUUAUUCCACAGUCCUCAUUAGCCUGACUGUCUUUCACAUGUACCCACACAUGUGUAGAUGCACACACACACACACACACACACACACACACACACACACACACGCACACACGCACACACACACACACACACACACAAACACCGCAGACACACACACACACAGGCGCACACACACACAAUCACCGCAGACACACACACACACAGGCACACCAUAUGAAAAAGACAGCCGAGCCUGUACAGUACAUUUGUAAAUUUUGUGUCUAAGUGUGUCUGUGUGAGUGUAUGUGCAUAUGUGUGUAUGGGUGUGCAUGGGAGCAUGUAUAUAGGGAAAUGUCUUCCGAUUCCAACCCCAGUGAUAAAGAAAUAUGUCUUUAAAGUAUGUGUGUGCAUGUGUGUGCGUGUGUAUGUGUGUUAGAGACAGACAGAGAGAGAGCACAUGUAUCUCUAGGCCUGCUCUUUUGUGUCUGAUCGAGUGAGUGUGUGUGAGAGAGAGUGCUUGUCAUGAGUGUGUGUGUGUGUGUGUGUGUUCACCUCUUUUUUUCCUUUGUUAUCCUGGACUAACUGGAGCUGGUGGUGUUGAAGAGCUUAGAGUGUGAAGGGUGCUGGAGUGGCGCUCUAGAGACUGUCGGUCAUCAGCGGCAUGUCCAGUCCUCUGCCUGUCCGCACCCAGGCUCUGACACACACACACACACCGCCACACCUAGAACACGCCUGGACUCUUACGGGAGUCUGCGUCUGAUUCGCUUUGUGCAAAUGAUAAAAAAAAAAAAACUAACAUUGUGAGAAAGCAUAAACAUACUACUGAUCUCCAAAUGGGAACUACUACCCUAUUACAUUUUUUUUGUGCCAAUGAGAAAUAUUUUUUGUACUAUCUGUACUUUGUACAAAGUGUAUUUUUAUUAAUCCAAUCUUUUAUUAUCCUAUCAGGAGGUACUUUUGACAAAUCUGUCAUUAAAGGCUAUGCUAACUUGCAUAACAUGUCUUUUCCUGUAAUCAAAAAUGUGGUAUAAUACCCCAUCCAGAGAGGACAGUCUGUGAGAUGUCUUGUGAGAGUUGAAAGCAUUAACACAAUCAAUUGGACCAUGAAUAAUGUCAGAUGAGCCAGCAUAGGAAGUCCUAUUAUCUAACCAAAAGAACAUACAAGAGGUUGCUUACCUACCAUACAAUUGCUAGUGUCUGCCUGUCUUCAGUCACAGCAAGUCUGGCCAUGCAUUGAGGUAGUGCAAAAUGACUUCGCCUGCAGACUGGUUCUAAAUGUAAGAUGUGUGUGUGUUCUGCUUAAAUUGCAGUUAUGUUGUGACACACACACACACACACACACACACUACACACACUCACUACACACACACAACACACACACACACACACACACACACACACACACACACACACACACACACACACACACACACACACACACACACACACACACACACACACACACACACACACACACACACACACACUCUCUCUGGCAUCCUCUGACAGUGUCAUUCAUUCAGCAGGUAGCAUGUACAGUAUUGUAACUGGCAAUCAUGAAAGCUGUCAAGAGAAUAAACGAAGACUUUGUUGUAAUGCCCUUUCUUAUUCUAUUAACAUCCAUCAUCCCGUCGUGAACAGGCAUUGUGCCUCUGUUAAAACAGAGUGGGAGAGAAGGGAAAUAACAUUGAUGGUGGAGGCGGAGGUUGUGGGGUUAGCCUUGUCGCUAAUGAUGAUAAUGAUGUAGAAGCUGUAGUUGUCCUAUGGGGGCAUAUACUGUAGAGUCCUAUGGGGCAUAUAGAGUGGCAUGCAGGUAUAGUGAUGCUGUAGGCUUCCUUAUGGGUCAGUAGCAGACGGAUGGGAUCCAUGUAACCUCUCAGUUGUAAAUACAUUUUAUCAAAAAUGUCUUUUUAUUGUAAAUGUUGCAUUCAUAAUUUAUUCCUAUUUUUGCAGAACAUUUUUUUUUUUCUCUGUUCCCAGUCUCUUGAGUCACAUUUGCCUUUUUACAGUAAACACAUACAGCCUCAAUACAGCAUCUCACAGAUAGGAUCAGGAUCUGAGACCAUGGCUAGAUUGAUUUGUGUUCGAUCACUGGGCAGCUGAAUCCUGUUAUAUUCAUGGGACAGAGCCACAUAAAAAGGUUUACCUUUGAAUUUGAUUGUGCGAUAAGAAAAGAAAAACGGCAACAGCAAACUACAGGAGAAAGCACGGCAUGUGCCCGUAGGCCAUCAUUCAUCUGCUGAUCUUCAUCUUUCUCAACUGCAUGUCUCACCUCAUACAACUGAAACACAGACAAACACGUAUACACACUGUACACCCAUUCAUCCAUUUGGACAAACCCUUGAGAUGUGUGUGUGUGUGUGUAUGAUAUUUUAUGAAUAAUAGUUACUUUGUAAUACAAUUAACAUUGUAAUAGAGAUUAGUUUAUUUGACAGGGGACUUAAUGGUGAUGGAAUACUUUUUGUGACCAAAAUCCAUUGUAUUUUAUUCAAAUGGGGAUGCCAAACGUUGUUUUGCACAAACCACUUUUAUGUCCAUAGCCUGCUGUCCUAAUGACUGCUGUAAAAUGUUGAAAUAGAAACUUUGAUACAGUAUAUUUUAUCAAAUGAAUGUCCUGACAAGUGGACUGUCCCUUUUGUAUAAUUUGAUUGACAAAUUGUAAAGAAAACUGCAAUGGAAUACCUUGAAAGCAUCUUGAUAUUUUUUUUGUAGAAAUCUUCACCUAUGCAGUUGCUGGGGGUUAUUGUCCUUUCCAUUUGAAAUUUAAUUUAAGGCAACCUUUUGUACGGUGCUGCAAGGUCACAUUUUUGUUUUUCAAUCAAGUUAUAAUUAAAUACUUGUAAUCUAUGUUCUCUUUUUAAAAGUGCAAUAAAUUAUGUU